UAAAGAAAGUCGGGGUAAGAUGAAAUUUUUAGGAGGCUGGGGCUCCAAGCCCAUUGUUUCACAUGUUGUCGAAGGGGCUAACCCCGACACAGGAGAACUGCCAACUGCGGUGGAAACUUUUCAAAAGUUUCACCAUAAAGGCAACGAUUGGCGCAACGAGUUCGCGCAACAAGCUUACGAGCAAAUGGUUGAAAUAGCGGCAACUCAACCAGCGCCCACUGCAGAUGAGCCCGAAGAGCCUGCUGUCGAUCCUACACAGUACCCCCGAGACUUACCUGUUAUGACGCAAGUACUCGGGGAACGAUCUCGGCAUCUUAGAGGCUUUGGUCAUCUCCCCAGACUGAAGGGAGUUGGGGCCAAAAGAGCACCUGCCACGCAUCCUUCAGCCCAACCAACUGUUACAAUGGAACAGUAUGAGGCUUUACAGAAAAAAGUGGAGGAAGCGGAGCAGACAACUCAACAUACGAGGCAAAGCGGUAUGAGACACAACAACUCUACCUCAGACGAUUCCAAGAUCAGUUUGAGUAUCUUUCUCGAGCUGUGCCGGGUUUCAACUUGCCUCCCAUGGAUCUUCCACCAUUGCCCACUCCCCGGUGCCGGAUCAUCUGGCCGUCGUCAGUGCCGGGAUCGUCAUCGCAGCCUCCCGAGACUCAGAGAAACAACGAUGACGACAUUACCCGCCUAUAGAACUAGUAACGGGAAAACUGAGGCAUUCAACAAGUUAAUCAAGCAUACCAUCAAAGGAAAGCUCAAAGAAAGGAAAGACAUAUGGCAAGAAGAAUUACCUAAAGUAUUGUGGUCGUACAAUACCACACCGCAGUCAACAAUUGGCAAAACUCCCUUCUUACUUUCUUAUGGGUGCAAAGCCAUUGUUCCAGGUGAAGUAGAGGCAGGUUCACUCCAUCGCGAUGCUUUCAAUGUCAAAGAAAAUGAACUGGGAUAG